GGCAAUGGAACGGCACUUUCAAUGAGCCAAUGAGAAGAGGGAGUAAGCACAUCAAGGAGAGAGGCCUAAAAGAAAAGUUCUAUGCGCCGAAGUCCUAGUAGAUCAGUACACACCUCAACGGCUCAUAUAAAAUAACAAGCUUCAGAAUUACGUUUAGAUGAUUUCAGCAGAUAUGAGCAUAAUUUGCUGAUAUUUGUGUUUGGAAAGAGCAACAGGGAGAAAGAGUAUAGGGACUGGGCCUGAGGAAUAAGAAAGUGGCAAGCUGUGUGGGUGGCAAAAUCAAAAAUGGUGGUACUUUCAGUGUGAGCUGCCAGUGAGGUGUGAUUUUUACAAUCUGCAUAAAGUGUGUUAACUGGUCGGCAGUUUGGUUACAAAUUUCUGCUGUGCAGAACGAACGGUGUCUUGACUGACUUUGCUGCUACUUAUCAGUUAUGGACUCCACUGCACUGCUGUCUGUUGUAGGCGGAGGUCUCCUCCUGUCAAUCAUAUUUGUAACCAGUCUUUGUGCAGACUGCUGGGGCCGCAAACAACCAACAUCAAUCCAUCAGAGGUCUAGUGACUCUAGUCCAGAACACAACUCAAUAUCAGGUUUUGGGGUUAGGCUUCCCCAGUCUACAUAUACACACCAUUUAGAUCAUCAGAGAUUUCCCACCAUGCCUUACCCACUAGCUAAUUCCCUAUGUUCUCCAUCAAUUUCUGCAUUUAAGAUGCCCUCCUGUCCUCCUUCAGAAAAUGGAAGUCAAGCCAGUUAUGUGAACCAAAAUGACAGUGAAGAUGAGCUGUACGUUGAACCUGAAGAUGAAGGAGCUCAUUACAUAACUGUGAUUCCAGAUUCUCCAACCCAACAGACUGAGAGACCCAGCAGAACAUCGUCUCAGAGCUCAGGAGCAAUUUAUAUAAACAUCGAAACAGAAGAAGGGAAUGAAGACUCCGACUCAGGAAAAAUUUAUAUAAACUUCGAAAAAGAAGAAGGGAAUGAAGACUACGACUCCAGAAUCAGUCCAGCCCUUGGAAACCAAACCCCUGUUCAUUCCUGUGGAAGUAUAGAGAGUAACCCUGAUUAUGUCAACACAGACCCAAAUCAACAAUAAUCAAGACUGAUUUCUUGGUUAGAUUGACUCACUUUUUACACAAGGAAGUCUAGAUGACAGUUAACAAAAAGAAGAUAGCCUAUUAAUCAUCCUGCCUGUCAGAAGGGUUUCCAGAUAUUCCCAAUGCUCUGGAAUUUGAAGUGCAAUAAGGCAUCAUCAAGAAUGCACCGAAUCAUUUUGUCACCAUCAGUCCUUAUUAAUUAUCUGCUGACGAUACCUGAGAAUGUUAUAUACACACACACACCUUUUUUCCCCCAUAUUUGCUGUUUACAGACUUCUACAUCAUGGCUUUUACUUGCAAGAGUAUGGGCACACCACAUUUUCUUUGACUGCAUGUAAUAUUCAGCUUUCUAUGUUUAUUAAACUGCUAUUUUUGUAAAUGAGGAAAUAAAUCAAGCAUCACUAACUCACCUUUUGUGUCAAGUGUCAAAAAAAAAAAUUAUUGGAGGAAAGUUUUACAUGUGAAUGUAACAAAUGCAGAAUAAAGUCCACCUGCAAUGAAUGAAUGAGGUUCACCAGUGACCUAA